UCCUCCUCCUCCUCCUCCUUCUUCUCGUCCCCCAUCAAGUCCAGAUGCCUCAAUUCUGGACGAAGAGAUGAUGGGAGAGGAGGGCGUCCGACAGGACGUCAGGGUUCUCGAGAAGACUUGGUCGGUGAGCUUCAGGAGAAGCUCAGAAGAAUGGCCGAACAAAUGCAGCAACAGCAACAGCAGCACCAACAACAGCUGCAACAACAACAGCAACAAAUGCAGCAGCAGCUACAGCAGCAGCAACGGCAACAGCAGCAAAUGCAGCAACAGCCACAGCAACAAAUGCAACAGCCACAGCAACAAAUGGUACUUACAGCUGUAUUGCUUGCAUUAUUGCGUCUUUACUGUGUUUGUUUCAAUGCAGCAACGGCUUCAACAACAGCAACGGGCGCAGUAGCAACAGCAGCAGCCACAGCAACAAAUGCAACAGCAGCAGCAACAACAGCAGCAG